AUGAGGUGUUUCUUCUUGCUUUCUAUUUGCUUAUUCUUUAGCGUGUCAUCUGAUUUCGAAGAAGAUUUACAAGCAGUUUUAAGUUAUUACCGAUGCACUGGAACGUCAAUUGUGAAUAAUUCGCAGUUAAUAGAUGCGAAAGCAAUUUACAAUACUUAUCCUAUAUCGACACCAUCGGAAGAAUGCCCUUUUUAUGUUUUGAAUAAUACAAAACUAGACGUCAGUACAUUAUGUGAGAGCUCUAAUUAUAAUCAAUUUCUGGAAAUUCAAGUAUACAAUAAUAAGAAAGACUGUGGUUGUCGAGGAGAUCAGUUAACUUCUGGGAACAUGAAAAGUUACAAAAAAUGCAUUGCAUUAUUUAAUGGUCUCGAAUUGACAAACAUGAGAACAAGUCCCGACUUAAAAUCUCUCUCAAAAAUCAGCGUCAUCAAAGGAAAUAUUGAAAUUGCUUAUACUAACUUCACCGAUUUAUCGUUUUUUAAACAUCUUGAGAAAGUCAGAGGGCGAAGUUUUGACAGUCCAGAAACAGUGAUUCUCGAUAUCCACGACAAUCCGAAUAUGAUCAGAUUAGGAUUGAACGCUGUAUCGUAUUACUUGGUGGGCAACGUUGAGUAUCAAUGGGAAGGAAGUAUGAAUUUAGAAAAUUUGCAUCCAGAUUUCUGUCUAACUUAUCAAGAAGUUACUGCUCUUUCCACAGUCAGAUUCAAAAACUUACAAGCAAAGUUCUGUGAAACUGAGAUGGACACUGGCUAUACAAAAUCUUGUAACUUCACGAGUAUGAAGAAUUUGGAUUCUGAUUGCGUCAUUAUUUUUGGAAAUGUAGUAAUUGACUCUGGUGAUGAAGAACAUGUGGGGAAACUAACAGAGACAAUACGAGACAUAUAUGGAUCUUUGACUAUUCAGAAUACCAAUUUAGAAGACAUCAGGUUUCUGAAUUCUCUCAAUUACAUAUAUUUUCUUCAUGAAACCAUUCCUGUUAUCCGAAUUAUAAAUAAUCCAAAGCUGAAAAAAGUUUCGCUUCCCUACAUGAUGUCAAUUUUCGCAAAAGGUAAAAAAGAAGUUGUGAUUGAUAACAAUGCUCCAAAUUUAUUUCGUGCGUCGAUAUCCUGUUUAGCAUUCCAACAUCACAUUGGAGCUAAUGUUACAUAUAAUGGAAGAAAUUGCAAAGCAAUCGAUGAAACCAAAACAAGCGGUGAAUUCGGAAUAUUCCAUGUUCAUUUUGCACUCUUGACUUUAAAUACGCUUGACUCCUCCUCUUCUGGCGAGACGGCGAAUUGCUGGCUUCGUGAUUCCUUGGAUGUUGUCACGAAGAACUUUGCGAUGGCGCUUGGCACCUCCUUUUCCGAGGCCUUUUCCUCCCUUUCCACGUCCGGACAUGUUGAAUGCAGUUGA